GCAUUGCUAGCGCUGCCUCCUUCGGUGAUGAUGUCACUGGCUUAGUCAGGCUCAGCAUCACUGCUCUGAGCAGCCAGCAGAGCCAUUUUGGCUUCUGCAUUACAGACAACGUCAAGUCUUCUCCUUUUAAAAAGCCUCCUCCCGGAUCAAGCAGGCCUUGCUGGGCAUCCAGACACCCCUUUUCACCCUUUCUUAGACACCUCCCUCUUCAUCAGGGGAUUGAGGACACAGGGGGUAUUCUUUGAUUUGUCCCAGAACUAGACAUCCCUUGCUGGGAGAAAAUCAACAGAUCUACAGUGUAGUAAAGAGCUCAGGAGACAAAUACAGCACUGUAAAGGUGUGUGUCUGUUGGUGUAGACAGUGGGAGCCAUAAGGAGGCACCAUGGCGGGGGCCUCGGUGAAGGUGGCUGUGCGGGUUCGCCCCUUCAACUCGCGGGAGAUGAGCAAAGACAGCAAGUGCAUCAUCCAGAUGUCAGGGAACACAACCACUAUCAUCAACCCCAAAGUACCCAAAGAAACCAAGAGCUUCAAUUUUGAUUACUCUUACUGGUCACAUACAUCGCCAGAAGACAUCAACUAUGCGUCUCAGCAGCAGGUCUACAGGGACAUUGGCGAAGAGAUGCUGCUCCAUGCCUUUGAGGGCUACAACGUCUGCAUUUUUGCAUACGGCCAGACCGGUGCUGGCAAAUCAUAUACCAUGAUGGGCAGACAAGAAGAAGGACAGCAAGGAAUAAUCCCACUGUUGUGUGAAGAUCUUUUCACCAAGAUCAAUGACAGCAAUACUGACAACAGCAUGUCUUAUUCUGUAGAGGUAAGCUACAUGGAGAUUUACUGUGAGCGUGUGCGGGACCUGCUGAACCCCAAAAACAAAGGGAACCUGCGUGUGAGAGAGCACCCACUGUUAGGCCCAUAUGUGGAAGAUCUGUCCAAACUCGCUGUCACAUCCUACAAUGACAUUCAAGACCUGAUGGACUCAGGAAAUAAGGCCAGGACGGUGGCUGCCACCAACAUGAACGAAACAAGCAGUCGCUCUCAUGCGGUCUUCAACAUCAUCUUCACACAAAAGAGGCAUGACUCCGAGACAGACAACACAUCUGAGAAGGUCAGCAAAAUCAGUCUGGUGGAUUUAGCUGGCAGUGAAAGAGCUGACUCCACUGGAGCCAAAGGCACUCGGCUCAAGGAGGGAGCAAACAUAAACAAAUCCCUUACCACACUAGGGAAAGUCAUUUCAGCAUUGGCUGAGGUAGAUUCUGGAUCAAACAAGAACAAGAAGAAAAAGAAGGUGGAAAGUUUUAUUCCAUACAGAGAUUCUGUACUGACAUGGUUACUUCGGGAAAAUUUAGGUGGAAAUUCUCGCACUGCCAUGGUAGCGGCUCUCAGUCCUGCAGACAUCAACUAUGACGAGACUCUCAGCACGCUCAGAUAUGCAGACAGAGCCAAGCAGAUCCGCUGUAACGCUGUCAUUAAUGAGGACCCCAACAACCGGCUGGUGCGUGAGCUGAAGGAUGAGGUGUCACGGUUGAAAGAGCUUCUCUAUGCCCAGGGCUUGGGUGACAUCAUUGAAACAUAUCGGGGUCCAGUUGAUGACAAUGCUGGUCUGGGUUUGAAAUACUUUUCUGAUUACAAGAACAAUAACAAUACUGGCCAAGCUGUCAAUGAAAGGGGUGAUCUCUCCGCAGUGACCAAUGCCAUGACAGGGAUGAGUCCCUCUCCCUCACUUUCCGCCCUGUCCAGUCGGGCUGGAUCCAUUAGCAGUCUGCAUGACCGCAUCAUGUUCAGCCCCGGGAGUGAAGAGGCCAUUGAACGGCUCAAGGAAACAGAGAAAAUCAUUGCUGAGCUCAAUGAAACAUGGGAGGAGAAGCUUCGACGUACUGAGGCUAUCAGAAUGGAAAGAGAGGCCCUACUAGCUGAGAUGGGUGUAGCCAUGAGGGAAGAUGGAGGCACUGUCGGUGUUUUUUCACCCAAAAAGACUCCUCAUCUGGUGAACUUGAAUGAAGAUCCUCUUAUGUCUGAGUGUCUCCUUUACUACAUUAAAGAUGGAAUCACCAGGGUAGGCAGAGAGGAUGCAAUGACAAGGCAGGACAUUGUCCUCAGCGGACAUUUCAUAAAAGAUGAGCACUGCAUUUUCACUAGCAGUGCAGGUCCUAUGGGAGAAGUCAUUCUGGAGCCGUGUGAAGAAGCUGAGACCUACGUCAAUGGGAAGAAAGUGACAGAGCCCACUGUCCUCAGAUCAGGGAACCGCAUCAUCAUGGGGAAGAGCCAUGUGUUCCGCUUCAACCACCCAGAGCAGGCAAGACAGGAGCGGGAGAGGACUCCAUGUGCUGAAACUCCGGUUGAGCUUGUGGACUGGGCUUUUGCUCAAAGAGAGCUGCUAGAGAAACAGGGCAUCGACAUGAAACAGGAGAUGGACCAGAGACUUCAGGAACUGGAGGACCAGUACCGCAAAGAGAGGGAGGAGGCCAAUAACCUUCUGGAGCAACAGAGACUAGAUUAUGAAAGCAAGUUGGAGGCCUUGCAAAAGCAAGUUGAUCGUUAUUAUCCUGAAGCAACAGAGGAAGAGGAUGAACCUGAGGAGGAAGUGCAAUGGACUGAGAGAGAGACCGAGUUGGCGAUGUGGGCUUUCAGAAAGUGGAGAUGUUACCAAUUUACCUCUCUCAGAGACCUUCUCUGGGGCAAUGCCAUCUUCCUUAAAGAGGCCAAUGCCAUUAGUGUGGAGCUCAAAAAGAAGGUGCAGUUUCAGUUUGUUUUGCUGACCGACACACUGUACUCUCCGCUUCCACCUGACUUACUGCCUUCUGAUGGGAAUAAUGAGCGCGAGAAAAGCCCAUUUCCCCGCACCAUAGUUGCUGUGGAGGUGCAGGACCAGAAAAAUGGAGCCACACAUUACUGGACACUGGAGAAGCUCAGGCAGCGUUUGGACCUGAUGAGAGAGAUGUAUGACCGAGCUGCAGAGGUCCCCAUUGGUGCCACAGAGGAGUGUGACAGUGUGCUGACGGGAGGAGACCCUUUCUAUGACCGCUUCCCUUGGUUCCGCCUGGUUGGGAGCAACCUCCUAUUCACCUCAUGCCUUAGUGAGCAAGCGAAAGACUCCAUCGCCUCCCCAACCCUCUCUGACCCCACCGAGACCACUGAACCUACCGAGCUCAUCCAGACACGGCGCUGCGGGGGGCUCGGGGCAGAGCUGGAGGACAUCACAGAUGAGCUCUUGUCGGAUGAUCUGUGUUCUGAACUUGGCGAUGAAGAUGAUGACGUUUAUAAGGAUGACGAGAAGGGGCUUUGCAGAAACUCUGGAGAGAUGGAGGACCCGUUUUAUGAGCGUGCUCCUUUGUUCAGUAUAGUGGGAAGGGCUUUUGUGUAUUUGAGCAAUCUACUGUAUCCUGUUCCCCUGGUACAUCGAGUAGCCAUUGUCAGCGAGAAGGGAGAGGUCAAGGGUUUCUUGCGUGUAGCAGUGCAGGCAAUAUCAGGCUCUCUGGUUUUUCCUCCAGCUGAUGAGGAGGCACCCGAUUAUGGCUCUGGUGUGAGGCAAUCUGGAACAGCCAAGAUCUCCUUUGAGGAUCAGCAGUUUGAGAAGUUCCAAUCAGAUUCCUGCCCAGCCAGUCUUUCCCGCACUGGACUUUCCCAAGAGGAACUCCGGAUUGUCGAGGGUGAGGGACAGAAUGCAGAGAUGGUGCCAUCUGCUGAUGAGGUCAACAACAACACCUGUGCAGCUGACCCAGAAGAUGACAGCAUUUUGAAAGACGGUGUUCUGGAUGGAGCUUUGGACCAUCUGAAGAUUGGAGAGCUCUUUACAUUUAGAGUCACUGUGCUCCAAGCGUCUAGCAUCUCUGCUGAAUAUGCAGACAUCUUCUGCCAGUUUAACUUUAUUCACCGGCAUGACGAGGCCUUUUCCACAGAGCCACUGAAAAACACUGGACGUGGUCCACCACUGGGCUUUUAUCAUGUGCAAAAUAUUGCAGUGGAGGUCACAAAGUCUUUUGUGGAGUACAUAAAGACCCAGCCUAUUGUAUUUGAAGUGUUUGGUCAUUAUCAGAAACAGCCAUUCCCUCCACUGUGCAAGGACCUAAUCAGCCCAUUACGUCCAUGCAGAAGACAGUUCCCAAGAGUCAUGCCUCUAUCUAAACCAGUACCUGCUACGAAGCUGACGACCCUCACACGACCCACAGCCGGGCCCUGCCACUGCAAAUAUGACUUAAUGGUAUUAUUCGAGAUCUGUGAGCUGGAGGCCAAUGGAGACUACAUCCCUGCUGUAGUUGACCACAGAGGUGGAAUGCCCUGUCAUGGCACCUUCCUGUUACACCAGGGAAUUCAAAGAAGAGUGACAGUGACUAUAGUGCACGAGUCAGGGGGUGACAUUUUUUGGAAAGAGGUUCGUGAGCUGGUUGUAGGCCGCAUUAGAAACACUCCAGAAGCAGAUGAGACCAUCAUUGACCCCAACAUUCUGUCCCUUAACAUCCUGUCAGCUGGAUACAUCCAGCCAUUUCCUGAUGACAGACAGUUUCUUGAUUCGGACAUGCCUAGGACAUUCUAUCGCUUUGAAGCUGCCUGGGAUUCUUCCAUGCACAACUCACUCCUGCUGAACCGAGUGACUCCAUAUGGGGAGAAAAUCUAUAUGACUUUGUCUGCUUACCUGGAGAUGGAGAACUGCACACAGCCUACAGUAAUAACCAAAGACUUCAGCAUGGUUUUUUAUUCCCGAGAUGCAAAGCUCUCAGCCUCACGCUCCAUAAGGAACCUCUUCAGCAGCGGGAGCCUAAGGCCAUGUGAAGGAAACCGAAUAACUGGAGUGUAUGAGCUCAGUCUGUGUCACCUGGCAGAUGCAGGCAGCCCAGGGAUGCAGCGGAGGCGUAGGCGGGUGUUAGACACAUCUGUGGCGUAUGUGCGAGGGGAGGAGAAUUUGGCUGGAUGGAGGCCCCGCAGUGACAGCCUCAUCCUGGACCAUCAGUGGGAGCUGGAGAAGCUCAGCCUCCUGCAGGAGGUGGAGAAAACCAGGCAUUAUCUCCUCCUGAGGGAGAAGCUCGAGUCCACCCUGCUGUUGGGCCAGGAGAUGCCGCUGUCCUGUGUGUGUGAAGAUCUGACCGAAUUCUCCUCCCCCUCUAAACACCUGGGACAGGGUCAUGACCCUGACGCUGACCCUGGGCAUGAAAUAACCAAUGAGAGGCAGCGCAAGCUUGCAGCCAAGUGUUUGCGUUUGCUUACUCACACUUUCAACAGAGACUAUAGUCAUGUGUGUGUGAGUGCCAGUGAGAGCAAGCUGAGUGAGAUGUCUGUAACACUGAUGAGAGAUUCUACCUCUGUCUCUGACAUCAACACACUCACACCCUCCUCCACUUGUCCCUCACUGGUGGAGGGACGCUACAGCAGCAACACUGAGCUCAGACCCCCAGUUCCUCGAUCCCGUGCUGUGAGUCCCAACCGAGGCUCUACAUCUGAGGAAGAGGGCAAGAAGUCCCCCAAUGGAGCUCCAGAGUCCAAAUCAAGGACCCACACAUUUGUCCCUGACAUUCAGGAGAUCCGUGUCAGCCCAAUAGUUUCGAAAAAGGGCUUUCUGCACUUCCUGGAGCCGCACACUAAUGGCUGGGUGAAACGUUAUGUGGUGGUGCGCCGGCCGUACGUCUACAUCUACAACUCAGAGAAAGACACAGUAGAGAGAGCCAUCCUUAACCUGUCCUCUGCACAAGUGGAGUACAGUGAGGACCAGCAGGCCAUGCUGAAGACUCCCUAUACAUUCGCUGUGUGCACAGAGCAUCGUGGGAUACUUCUGCAAGCCGGCAAUGACAAAGAGAUGCAUGACUGGCUGUAUGCAUUUAAUCCUCUCCUUGCUGGCUCCAUCAGGUCCAAACUCUCCAGAAGAAGAGCAGCGCAGAUGAGGCUUUGAGAGGACAAGGUCAACAGAGCCCAUAAACAAAGACUAUCCCUGUAAAUAGAGUCCACUGUUCCUGUGCCCAGUCCUGUAUCUAAAGUCUGUCACAAUCCACCCUUCCUGUGUGUACCUGCACUCACCCUAUCUAGCACUAAGCACCUGUGUACUAAAGGCUCACCAUGCCGUGUGUCUACCAGGACCUGGAUGUUCAAUCCGUAACCCUCCUAAGAAUCUAAGGCCACUAUGUUUCGGAUCAGUGUGGUAAUUGAGAUUAGAAGCAUUUGCGUAGCUUCAUUUUAGAUGCUUAUAUAAUCUUACAAAAAAGCUCCAACACUCCGCAAUGGAAGGAAAAACAAUUCUGACACUUCCAGAUCAUGGGAAAACCAUUUUAAUCAGAUUUAUUAAGAUGAAUAACAAAAAAUAAAGUUGAUGGUCAAUAUAGAAAUGUCUCAGUCAUAUGACCUUACUGUGUUAUUCUUUUCAGGUGACUCCGGUCAGUAUUUAAGUCAGCCAAUAACAACUUUAUUAUCAGCUUCACAUUUCAGCUUUACUGACACUUAUUAAGGAGGCUGUAUCCUAAAUGAUCAUACUAAAUAGUAGGUCAAAAUAGCAUGACCUAUUUUACAUACGUAUAGAAUGGUAGUGAGCAAUUUGAACUUCUUAGACAGAUUCUUUCAGGUUCAGCUCUAGUGCAGGUUUUGGAUAGUCUUCAUAGAAUAUUUAUAUAAUAUGACAGAAAAAGGUCCCUGCAAUGAGAAAAAUUAAACUUUGCUCUCGAAGCUUUCUCAUAAUUGUGUGUAAAAAAAAAAAGCAAAAAAAAAAAAGCAAAAAAAAAAAAAAAAAAAAAAAGAAGAGAUGGACGGUUAUGUUUGAGUCUAAAUUGUAUCAUAAUCCAGUUUAAUAUUUUCUUAAAAUGAACUUAUCCCUAAAGAUCUUAUCUUUGGUUGAUUUACUUUGAAGUUUAUAUUAAAAUCUAUUCAAGUUAGAUAUUUAUUUAACAUGCAUUUAUUUAUUUGGUUGUGUAUUUAUUGACAAUAUUUUGAUGAAGUUUAAUGCAGUUAUCUGCAAAUGGCACUUUCCCCAAUGUGUUUUACUAACUUAUUUCCUCUGUAUCGAGUGACUCUCCCUCUUCGACCCACAGAAUGCUUUAGGAGAGAGACAGGGAAUAGGAUUUAAUGCUGUGAUGGCUGCUACUAUCUGUAGAUCACCUGAAUGUUUUAUUUAUUAGUUGUUAAAGCGAGAAAGAGCCUUCUGAAAAUAUCCAGUUGUGAAACAGAGAAAGGCUUACGACCCUGACCAGUUAAAGACAAAAGUCUGUAAAAUCAUAAACUGCAGGUUUUUAAUGAUAUAUGUUAUAUGAUUUUACUAACUUUACAUGUUUUUACAUUCUCAUUUGCUGCUUUCAUUCUUCAGGUCUCCUAAAUCAUGUCAGCUCAUUAAUCUAACCUCUCCCCAUGCUCCAGCAUUGAUAUAUUGGAGGUUGAGUUUUCAUGAUGUGCACUUGUUAUAUCCAAGUUAUUUUGUAAGCAUAUCUUGUGAUUGAUCUGGUAUGUCUACUUCUCUCAUAGAGUACCUGCUAAAAAAAAUCCAGCUUGGUCUGACCAGCUAGAAGCUGCCAAAACAGAGACAGAGACAAAAAAUCCUUGCUUGGGCCAGCAACUAACACAAACAAAAGGCAACAACCGUUAUGGAUAUAAAUAAGACUAAUCAAAGUGAUUAUGUUUGUUGUAUGUUGGACUUUUGAUUAGCAUCAUGGACUCGUUGAGAUAGUUUUAAGAUACAUCCAUCAUUUUUUUAGUAAA